AUGGCAUCCGAUGCCGAUUUGGUUGAUCUUCACAGUAGUCCUGAUUUUGAUUCGUCGCGAUGCUUGUUUUGCAAUCAGAUGAGUGCCAGCAUUGACGACAACCUCGACCACAUGCAAAAGGCCCAUGGUCUCUUCAUCCCGAACAGGGAGCAUCUAGUAGUGGAUGUCGAGACACUUCUGGCCUACUUUGACCUGAUUAUAUCCGGUUACAUGGAGUGUCUCUACUGUGGUAGCGAGCGGAACACGGUCGAUGCGGUGCAGCAACAUAUGAGGGGAAAGGCGCAUUGCAGAUUUGACCUCGAAGGCGAAGACUCGGAAUUUCGUGAUCUGUAUGACUUCAGCUCCUACGAGCAAGACAACAUCGCCGACGGAAGUGUUGACGGGGACGUCGAUGAUACCAACAGAGCAUUGACACUACAUGCAAGGGCCUCUCCGUCAUGGCGGCCUGUCGACGACAGUCUGCGUCUGCCGUCCGGCAAGCUUGUCAUGCAGCGAACAGCCAGGCCGUUGUGGCCUCGCCAGCAGCGACUUCGUCAGGCAGGAGACAACGCAGCCGAACCGUCACAGCAGCCGGACGGCGGAUCGUGCGUUUCGACUCCGGAUCCUGUCCAGGGCGACGACAGCCCGACAGCGAUGACACGAAGCGAGAGGCGUGUGCGGGACUUUACAACGCACCAGCUCGUUCAUCUGCGCGCAGCAGACCGACAGAGUCUCGUGCACCUGUCCAUCUCGGAGCAGCGGGCCGUUCUGGCCACACAGAAGAAGCAGUUGGACAGGUCGAGGAGGACAUCUCGGGCGAUGCAGAGCCGAGUGGAGACGCUAGGGAACAAGAAUUUGAUGAUGCACUUUGUCAGCGAUGUUCCUGGACGAAAGAACGGCUGA